AUGAAGAAAUUGGAGGGGGAUUUGUCAAGAUUUAGAUGUGAACGAAGUAAGGAAUGGGAAGAAGCAGAUCGUAGGAUUCAUGCAGGAAAAAAUCCGGUUGAAAAAGACGCAAAACUGGACCAUCGGUCGCUUUAUGAAAAAUUACAAGCAAAUCGGCUUAUUAAGGAGGAAGAAUACCAGGAAUCAUGGAAAUUAUCAAAUUUGAUCCGGACUCUGGAUGAGGAGGAAAUCGAUUUUUUAGAUAAAUUAAGAAGGGAGAAAAAGAAAGUGGAAGAAGAGGCGAAGAAACAUGUCGAAGAGGGGUUAAAAGUGUUUAGGAGGAAUGUUUUUAAUGGGGGGGUUUUAUAUAUGAUAAUAAUAUGGAAUAGAGAAAGAGAGCAAUUUGAUCAAUCGAUUCAACAAUCUAUAUAUCGACCAUGGUUAAGUACAGAAAAUUGUAAAUCGCAGGAAAUUAGUGAGAGACCAGUGAAGAAAAUGAAAGGAAUGGGGUUAAAAGGGGUUAUUCUUAAGAAAAAUAGGGAUAAUUUUUCAAAAGAAGGAUAUUCAGAGUCAAAAAGUGAAAAUGAUGUAAAAAGUGAAGAAAAGAAGUAUAAAAGUAAUGAUAUAUUAUCGAAAGAGUUAGAUAAAAAGAAUGAAAAAACGAGUGAAAUUUUGGAAAGAAUUGCAACGAGUUUUUCAGAUGAAACGACAGAUCAAAAACUGAUUGUUUAUACAAGUGAAAGUGAUGAAAGAGAAGAAUAG